CAGAACUUUGAAUUGCAAAUAGCAUAUUGCUCUGUGAUAAGUUCUUGGUUGGCGGUAUGAUAAUAACUCCACUUCAUGGUCUCUUACAUCUCUCCAUUGGCACAGCUUCGUUCCACACCGUGCAGCUGGGCGAGACGGGUGCCACAGAACAAGCACACAAAAAAGCAUCAUUUCAGGUUAUGUGAGAAAAACGGUGCAUCCGAGAGAGCGAAAUCGAUAUGCGAAUCGUAGGGCCAUCUUCAAUAAAAUACCAUUCCAACGGAUAAGAUAAGCCAUUGCCUUCCUUUCAGGUGCACCCACUCCACACGAUCUAGCAACACCGUGAAAACCGUGUUGGUGCGGUGCGAUAUUCCCCCAUAACGUGCAAUUGAAUUAAUUUGAAUGCCCUGAUGAGCACUUCAUGUUUGGCAACUCCUGCAGCAAACAUUUAAUCAAGUGUUGAACAUAGGAUCCUUAGCAUACGCUCGUUCUUCACUCCCAACUGUUAUGCCGCCUCGUGACCGUAUGUAUUCUGUGCGAUCGUUGUCGGUAAAUUUUAUAUGGCAGAUUCGUCAACGCUCUGAAUUGCUGCUUCUUUUUUUACCCCCUCGUACCCUUUCCACAUGACUCCCUCGUUCACUUCAGUGGUAUUCUUAGGUCCAAGCACGGAGCUAAGCCCUAUCUGCACCGUGAAGUACCCCAAGUUCAGCCUGCCAAUCCUCAACGAACCGCUGCUUCUGCACAACCUGCGGUGGAUGGACGACAUAAGCAGCGAGAUAAUGAUCAUAGGCCUUGAGCGAUACAGAGAGCUUGUGAACGAGAUCGUUGCUGAAUGUGCGUGCAAGUCCAAAAUAACAUUUAUCGGGCUGCUGCAGUACGAUGGCACGUACCACAACCUGAAGAAGAUCAUCAAGGAGGUAAAAACAUCGCACGUUAUAAUAACGAAGGGCGAUGUCGUCUCUUUCAUGAAGUUGAAGGAGAUUUUGAACGUGUUCCUGAAGAAGAAGACCGGUGUGUUCGUGAUUGUGAAGAAGGAUGCCGACGGUGCAUCGAUUCUCGGGUACAACGAGGAUAACAUCCUGUUUUACAACAAUGAUUGUAACAAUACGCUGGAGAAUAGGUUCUUUCAAGAGCACAGCCGCACAAUAUUUAGUGCAAAUCUUGAUAUAGCACAGGUGUAUGUCAUGCGCGUGAAGGUGUUUGAGGAGAUUGAGGGGGAGUUCUUCUCGUUCAAGAGCAACCUUUUCCCCAUGCUGGUGAGCAAGCUGCGGCUCAAGACACCGGUACGGUUCUUUUAUUCAGAAAAUGACAUUUUUCAGGUACAGAAGUACACCGAUUUGGUGAAAGUAACGAACAUUCUCAGAGAAAGAACAAAGAACCUGCCGUUUUAUCUCCACACUGCGGAGCUGCAGGAUUUGGACGAGGAGGAGAGACAGAAGUAUGCAAUGAAUUACAACCUGCAGAACAGGAACUUCGUUUUUAAAACCAAAAACAGAAUUUCGUUUCCCGAUGACAAAAACAUCGUGGGCCGGUUCCUUACGAUAGGCAAGUCGUACCUCAAGAACGCUACCGUGGGCAAUAACUGUGAAAUAGGAGAUGAAACACUGGUUGAGGACAGCAUUGUGUUCAAUAACGUAAAAAUCGGCAAGAGCUGCAAGAUAAGGAGGUGCUUGAUCGGCAGCAACGUUACGAUAUGCGAUGGUUGCGUGCUUAUGGACUGCAAGGUAACAAGCGAUUACGUUUUUACCGAGGGCACCACGGCCAGUGGACAGGUGUUCAUGGGAAAUGAAAUCGUGUGAACGAUGAGUGCAAAUGUGCUCUUUGCUACUCGUCAAGUCAACGUGGGCCUUUUUGAAAUAAAACCGGUGGUGCACGGGCCGUAAUAUUACCAGCAAUUUGUGUUUCUCGUACGUUUGACCAACAUUUUGUGGAACGCCUUCAUUUUUACAGAUUCACCAACUGCAAGUCAAAUCUUGGGUAGGUGCACUGUUCAUCCGAGGAGCAUGCUGUUCUCGUAAAAGUACCGAUUUCAAAACAUAAAUCGUAACUCGGCUGUUAUCUGAGCUAACGCGGUGUUUAAACACACGCUUGACUUAACUUGCCAUGAAAUUGUUUUGUAUUGUCCCUUACAUCGUUUUUAUCACCUACUACCGGUCGUACUUGUAUAGCAUGCUAUUUAAGCAGCAGUUACGUUGACAAGUCCUCAUUACAAAUACGGAUCACGGUACGAUGUUGUAAUAUUUAUCAUUCUUGUUGUAGAUCGCCAAUGAGGCACCUGCGUACCAAAACUAGUGCACUCAUCCCAUUAUUGCACUCAUCCCAUUAUUGCACUC